AGGCUUCAGACUCCCGGCGCCAUUUAGCGCGGAGAGUUUCCCCGGCGGACGCGGCUCUCCACGCUCGGCCACUCUGCACCCCCAUCUUCGGUGACAGAAGGAGCCUGGUGGGGGUGACUACUCUUUCCUCUCCCUAACCCCCUUCACCCAGUCCUCUCGGUCUCCUCUACUCUCGGCCCAGAGAAGCCGCGGAGCUCGGGCCCCGCGGUGAGCGGCCCUCCCCUCCCCACCGUUCCCUCCCUCUGUCAGCCCCCGGCACCGGCCCGGGAGGAGACGGGGGUUUGCCAGGCCCGGGGCGGGCGGGGAGGCCUCGGGGAAGGGGGGGCCCGCUCCUCAGGCACCGAGGCUUCGAGGCUUCGGCUCUUCCCGUCCGGGCGAUGGGCGCCCUGUGAGACUGGUCCCCCUAGCUGGGGGCGCGUGUGGGAGGAGGCGACCGACUGACUGACCGGGAGCCCCCGGGCCGGCCCUCCCUCGCCUUCCUCGGCCCCUCCCACCCUCUUCGGCUCUGGGAUUGCCACCGCUCGGGAGUCCGUGCUCGUCCGUUCCUCGCUUUGCCGCCGCCCCCGGGGCCUAGCCCGCCCAGCUCGGGAAGCGGCGGCGGCGGGGAGCUGGAGCCGCCGCCGCAUCCACCGCAUCCGCUUCGACUCGGUGCCGGCUCCUUGCCCUGCCCCUCAUGACUGCGGCGCCUCUGCUGCUCCAGCCUUCCCGGCCGCCGCUCGCCGCAGGAUGGAUGCGGACCGUGAGGCGCUAACCCCCGUGGCUCAGCUCCUCGACCGCCCGCCGACGAGCCCCCUCGUGAGCCGCAGCAGCCGCCGCAACUGGGCCCAGUGGUCCGCGUCUCCUUCGGGGCGGCUUGUCAGUGCUGAGUGAGGAGCCGUCCGGGUGCAUCCGAACCCGCCGGGAGCGGGAGCCCUAGUAGCGGAACCCGCACACCUCCGCCGCUCUUCGGGCUCGGCCCCUCGCCCUCUCUUCAUUCACAAGUUCGAGCCGCUCGCCUCGCUUGUGCGGACCGACCAUGUCAGGCGGCGCCGCAGAGAAGCAGAGCAGCACUCCGAGCUCCCUGUUCCUCUCGCCGCCGGCGCCUUCCCCCAAGAAUGGCUCCAGCUCCGAUUCCUCGGUGGGGGAGAAACUGGGCAGCGCGGCGCCCGACGCUGGGACCGGCCGGACAGAGGAGUACCGGCGUCGCCGCCACACUAUGGACAAGGACAGCCGUGGCGCGGCCGCGACCACGACCACCACCGAGCACCGCUUCUUCCGCCGCAGCGUCAUCUGCGACUCCAACGCCACUGCGCUGGAACUGCCCGGCCUUUCCCUUUCUCUGCCCCAGCCCACCGUCUCCGCGGUCGCGCCGCAGAGUACUCCGCCGGAGCCGCACCGCGAGGAGACCUUGACCGCCACCGCCGCUGCCCAGGUAGCCCAGCUACCUCCCGCCUCUGCCGCCCCUGGGGAGCCAGCCGGCGCGGGCCCUGCCGCCGCGACUGCCCCCAGCAGUACCAGCAGAGAUCGCCAAGUGUCCCAGCCCAACCAUGUGGGGAGCAAAGAGGAGCCUCCGUCGGCCAGAAGCGGCAGCGGCGGCGGCACCGCCAAGGAGCUGCAGGAGGAACGGAGCCAGCAACAGGAUGAUAUCGAAGAGCUGGAGACCAAGGCCGUGGGAAUGUCCAAUGAUGGCCGCUUUCUCAAGUUUGACAUCGAAAUUGGCAGAGGCUCCUUUAAGACCGUCUACAAAGGCCUGGACACUGAAACUACAGUGGAGGUCGCCUGGUGUGAACUGCAGGAUCGAAAAUUAACAAAGUCUGAGAGGCAGAGAUUUAAAGAAGAGGCUGAAAUGUUAAAGGGCCUUCAGCAUCCCAAUAUUGUUCGAUUCUAUGAUUCCUGGGAGUCCACAGUAAAAGGAAAGAAGUGCAUUGUUUUGGUGACUGAACUUAUGACAUCUGGAACACUUAAAACGUACCUGAAAAGGUUUAAGGUGAUGAAGAUCAAAGUUCUAAGAAGCUGGUGCCGUCAGAUCCUUAAAGGACUUCAGUUUCUUCAUACUCGAACUCCACCUAUUAUUCACCGAGAUCUUAAGUGUGACAACAUCUUUAUCACUGGUCCUACAGGCUCAGUCAAGAUUGGAGACCUAGGUCUGGCAACCCUGAAGCGGGCUUCUUUUGCCAAGAGUGUGAUAGGUACCCCAGAGUUCAUGGCCCCCGAGAUGUAUGAGGAAAAAUACGAUGAAUCUGUUGACGUUUAUGCUUUUGGGAUGUGCAUGCUUGAGAUGGCCACAUCUGAAUACCCUUACUCAGAAUGCCAAAAUGCUGCUCAGAUCUACCGUCGAGUGACCAGUGUAAGUCUUAGCAUGAUUAGUGAGCUUAAGUCACACCAAAAAAGGAAUGCCAAGCUGGAUAUCAUCGAACCAUCUGAUGGAACGGUUGACAGUGGUCAAGGAUCUUCUGUCUUCACAGAAUCUCGAGUGAGCAGCCAACAGACAGUUUCAUAUGGGUCCCAGCAUGAACAGGCACAUUGUACUGGCACACUCCCAGGGCAUACAGCUUCUGUUGUCCAAGCACAGUCUCAGCCCCAUGGGGUCUAUCCACCCUCAAGUGUGCCUCAGUCCAUGGCGCAUCCGUGUGGGGGGACCCCAACAUACCCAGAAUCACAGAUAUUUUUCCCAACUAUUCAUGAACGUCCAGUUUCUUUUUCACCACCUCCCACCUGUCCACCGAAGGUGGCCAUUUCCCAGCGGCGUAAGAGCACCUCCUUCUUGGAAGCCCAAACUCGCCACUUCCAACCCCUGCUGAGGACUGUUGGCCAAAAUCUUCUUCCACCUGGUGGCAGCCCAACUAACUGGACACCAGAGGCCGUAGUUAUGUUGGGCACUACAGCCAGUAGGAUAACUGGAGAGCCAUGUGAGAAACAGGUCCAUCCUAUGUUUGAACCAACUCAAGUUCACGGUGACUAUAGACCUGGACUAGUACUUCCAGAAGAAGCUCACUAUUUUAUUCCUCAGGAAGCAGUGUAUCUAGCUUACCAGGCCCAGGUGACAGAACAGUAUGAGGGUAUUCCAUACAACUCACCAGUACUGUCAAGUCCUAUGAAACAGAUACCUGAACAGAAGCCAGUACAAGGGGGCCCUACCUCAAGUUCUGUCUUUGAAUUUCCAUCUGGACAGGCUUUCCUGGUAGGACACCUUCAGAAGUUAAGAUUAGAUUCUGGAUUGAGUCCAGGAUCUCCCCUCUCUAGUAUUUCUGCACCUAUCAGUACAGAUGCUGCACGUUUGCAGUUUCACCCUGUCUUUGUUCCUCAUUCUGCGCCCGCUGUGUUAACUCGUAACAAUGAGAGAAGCAAUUGUGUAUUUGAGUUUCAUGUUCACACUCCAAGCUCCUCUUCAGGAGAAGGAGGAGGAGUUUUACCUCAGCAUGUUUACCGAAAUCGACAGGUUGCAGUGGACUUGAAUCAGGAAGAACCACCUCCUCAAUCAGUUGGAUUACACGGCCGCCUACAGCCUGUGACUGAAGAACAGCGUAAUUACCAUGCCCCAGAAUUGACCGUUUCUGUGGUAGAGCCUAUCGGACAGAACUGGCCAAUAGGAAGCCCAGAAUAUUCCAGUGAUUCCUCACAAAUUACUUCUUCAGACCCCAGUGAUUUUCAGUCACCUCCCCCUACAGGGGGAGCAGCUGCACCUUUUGGCUCUGACGUCUCGUUACCCUUUAUCCGUCUGCCUCAGACAGUGUUCCAAGAAUCCCCACUUUUCUUCUGUUUCCCCCAAGGAACCACAUCUCAGCAGGUUUUAUCUGCCUCAUUUUCUUCAGGAGGAUCUGCACUCCAUCCACAGGCACAGGGGCAAAGCCAGGGUCAACCAUCCUCAAGUAGCUUAACAGGGGUUCCAUCUUCCCUACCCAUACAACAUUCUCAGCAGCAGCAGGGAGUACAGCAGACAGCCCCUCCUCACCAGGCAGUGCAGUAUUCACUUCCACAGACAUCAGCCUCCAGUGAGGCCACUACUGCACAACCAGUCAGUCAGUCUCAAGCUCCACAGGUCUUGCCUCCAGUAUCAGUUGGAAAACAGGGCUUUCCACCUCGACUGCCACCACAAUACCCAGGAGAUUCAAAUAUUGCUCCCUCUUCCAGCGUGGCUUCUAUUUGCAUCCCUUCUACAGUCCUAUCCCCUCCCAUGCCGAGAGAAGCACUAGCUACACCGGGUUACUUUCCUACAGUGGUGCAGCCUUUUGUGGAAUCAAACCUUUUGGUUUCUGUGGGCAGUAUAGGAGGACAGGUUCAAGUGUCCCAGCCAGCAGUGAGUUUAGCACAGCAAGCCCCCACUACAUCCUCCCAGCAAGCAGCUCUGGAGAGUACUCAGGGAGUAUCUCAAGUUGCUCCUCCAGAGCCAGUUCCAGUGGCACAAGCACAGCCUACCACUUUGGUCUCCUCUAUAGACAGUGCACAUUCAGAUGUUGCUUCAGGAAUGAGUGAUGGCAAUGAGAAUGUCCCAUCAUCCAGUGGAAGGCAUGAAGGGAGAACUGCAAAACGGCAUUAUCGAAAAUCUGUUAGAAGUCGCUCUCGUCAUGAAAAGACUUCACGUCCAAAAUUAAGAAUUUUGAAUGUUUCAAAUAAAGGAGACCGGGUAGUAGAAUGUCAGUUAGAGACUCAUAAUCGGAAAAUGGUUACAUUCAAAUUCGAUUUAGAUGGUGACAAUCCUGAGGAGAUAGCAACAAUUAUGGUGAACAAUGACUUUAUUCUAGCAAUGGAGAGAGAGUCAUUUGUGGAUCAAGUACGAGAAAUUAUUGAAAAAGCUGAUGAAAUGCUCAGUGAGGAUGUCAGUGUGGAACCAGAGGGUGACCAGGGAUUGGAGAGUCUGCAAGGAAAGGAUGACUAUGGCUUUGCAGGUUCUCAAAAAUUGGAAGGAGAGUUCAAACAACCAAUUCCUGCAUCUUCCAUGCCACAGCAAAUAGGCAUUCCUACCAGUUCUUUAACUCAAGUUGUUCAUUCUGCUGGAAGACGGUUUAUAGUGAGUCCUGUGCCAGAAAGUCGAUUACGAGAAUCAAAAGUUUUCACUAGUGAAAUAUCAGAUACAGUUGCUGCCUCUACUUCUCACGGCGCUGGAAUGAACUUGUCUCACUCUGCUUCAUCCCUUAGCCUACAGCAGGCCUUUUCUGAACUUAGACAUGCCCAAAUGACAGAAGGGCCCAACACAGCACCUCCCAACUUCAGUCAUACAGGACCAACAUUUCCAGUAGUCCCUCCUUCCAUGAGUAGCAUUGCUGGAGUCCCAGCCACAGCAGCAGCCACACCUUCAGUAUCAGUCCCUGCAGCUAGCAGCCCCCUUACUGACAUUUCCACAUCAGUAAUGCAGUCUGAGAUUCCAGUGCCCACUGAAACAGGGAUCGGUGGAGUUGCCACCUGCGCAGGUGUGAUGCCCUCAAGUGGUCUCCCUGUACCACCUGUAUCUGAAUCACCAAUAUUUUCCACUGUGGUUUCGAGCAUCACAGUACCUGCAGUUGUCUCGGUAUCAGCAACAUCCCAGCCAGUUCAGGCUCCCACAUCUGGGAGCGCAGUUUCUAGCAUAGGCACUUUGCCCUCUAUGCCGGCUGCAACAACUUUAGCCCCUGCAGUGGGCAGUGCUGCCGCGCCGGGUGCUAAGCCCCCACCUGUACUGUCGCAGCAGGUGGCAGGCAGUACUGCUGGCGCAGCCACAUUAGCCUCUGUUCCUGCCACCGCUCCGUUCCCAAGCUUAGCUUCACAGCCGUCUCUUCAGCUUAGCAGUAGCACCUCUGCUCCGACUCUAGCUGAAACAGUGGUGGUUAGUGCACACUCACUAGAUAAAACAUCUCAUGGUAGUACAACUGGAUUGCCUUUGUCCCUCUCUGCAUCAUCGUCUUCCUCCCCUGGAGCAGGAUUAUCUAGUUCCGUUUCUCAGCCUGGUGGGAUGCAUCCUUUGAUCACCCCAUCAGCUAUAGCUUCUACUCCUGCCCUUCCUCAAGCAGCAGGACCUACUUCUACACCUUUAUUGCCCCAAGUACCUGGUGUCCUACCCUUGGUACAGCCUAUUGCCAGCGUGCCUGCCGUGCAGCAGACACUAAUUCACAGUCAGCCUCAACCAGCUUUACUUCCCAACCAGCCCCACACUCACUGCCCUGAAAUAGAUGCCGACUCACAGCCCAAAGCUCCUGGAAUUGAUGACAUAAAGACUCUAGAGGAAAAGCUGCGGUCUCUCUUUAGUGAACACAGCUCAUCUGGAGCCCAACAUACGUCUGUCUCACUGGAGACUUCACUGGUAGGAGAGACCACUGUCACACCAGGCAUCCCAACCACCGCUGUUGCACCAAGCAAGCUCAUGACUUCCACUACAAGUACAUGCUUACCACCAACCAGUUUGCCACUGGGUACAACUGGUUUGUCAGUUACGCCAGUGGUCCCACCUGGGCAGGUUUCUACCCCAGUCAGCUAUGUGUCAGCCCCAGUCAGCGCGACACCAGGAGCGAAAGCUGGACCUGCUCCGUCGAAGCCACCUUUAACUAAAGCUCCAGUGCUGCCAGUGGGUACUGAACUUCCAGCUGGUACUCCACCCAGCGAGCAGCUGCCACCUUUUCCAGGACCUUCACUAACUCAGUCCCAGCAGCCUCUGGAAGAUCUUGAUGCUCAGUUGAGAAGAACACUUAGUCCAGAGACUAUUGCGGUGACAUCCACAGUUGGUCCUGUGUCCAUGGUGGCUCCAACAGCAGUUGCAGAAGCAGGAGCACAGCCUCAGAAGGAUGUUUCUCAUAUUGUAGAAGGUCCUGUCCUAGCAACUAGUUCAGGAACUGGUGUUUUCAAGAUGGGACGAUUUCAGGUUUCAGUUGCAAUGGAUGAUGUCCAAAAAGAGGGUAAAAAUAAGUCAGAAGAUACAAAGUCUGUUCAUUUUGAAUCCAGUACUUCAGAGUCCUCAGUGCUAUCAAGUAGUAGUCCAGAAAGUACCCUGGUGAAGACAGAGCCUAAUGGGAUAACCAUCCAUGACAUCUCAUCAGAUAUGCCAGAUAGUGCCCACAAAACUCCUGCGUCGGAAGCAAAGUCAGAAACUGGGCAGCCUACCAAGGUAGGACGUUUUCAGGUGACAACUACAGCAGACAAAGUAAGUCGUUUCUCUGUAUCAAGAACUGAAGACAAGAUCACUGAGGCAAAGAAAGAGGGGCCAACAGCAUCUCCUCCUUUUAUGGAUUUGGAACAAGGUAUUCUCCCUGCUGUGAUACCAAAGAAAGAAAAGCCUGAACUGUCAGAGCCUUCACAUCUGAAUGGGCCAUCUUCUGACCUGGAGGCCGCCUUCCUUAGCAGGGAUGUGGAUGAUGGUUCAGGUAGUCCACACUCCCCCCAUCAGCUGAGCUCGAAGAGCCUUCCUAUCCAGAAUCUAAGUCAAAGCCUUAGUAAUUCAUUCAACUCCUCUUAUAUGAGUAGUGACAAUGAGUCAGAUAUUGAAGAUGAAGAUUUAAAAUUAGAGCUGCGAAGACUACGAGAAAAGCAUCUUAAAGAAAUUCAAGACUUGCAGAGUCGCCAGAAGCAUGAAAUUGAAUCUUUGUAUACCAAACUGGGAAAGGUUCCCCCCGCUGUCAUUAUUCCCCCAGCUGCCCCCCUUUCAGGGAGAAGAAGGCGACCCACUAAAAGCAAAGGCAGCAAAUCCAGUCGCAGCAGUUCCUUGGGGAAUAAAAGCCCCCAGCUUUCAGGUAACCUGUCUGGUCAGAGUGCCACUUCAGUUUUGCACCCCCAGCAGACCCUCCACCCUCCUGGCAGCAUCCCAGAGACUGGGCAGAAUCAGCUGUUACAGCCCCUUAAGCCAUCUCCCUCCAGUGACAACCUCUAUUCAGCCUUUACCAGUGAUGGUGCCAUUUCAGUACCAAGCCUUUCUGCUCCAGGUCAAGGGACCAGUAGCACAAACACCGUUGGGGGAGCAGUGAACAGCCAAGCCGCCCAAGCUCAGCCUCCUGCCAUGACGUCCAGCAGGAAGGGCACGUUCACAGAUGACCUGCACAAGCUGGUAGACAAUUGGGCCCGAGAUGCCAUGAAUCUUUCCAGCAGGAGAGGAAGCAAAGGACACAUGAAUUAUGAGGGCCCUGGAAUGGCAAGGAAGUUCUCUGCACCUGGUCAGCUGUGCAUCUCCAUGACCUCAAAUCUGGGUGGUUCUGCCCCCAUCUCUGCAGCAUCAGCUACCUCUCUAGGUCAUUUCACCAAGUCUAUGUGCCCCCCACAGCAGUACGGUUUUCCAGCUCCCCCCUUUGGCACUCAGUGGAGUGGGACAGGUGGCCCAGCACCACAGCCGCUUGGCCAGUUCCAGCCUGUGGGAACUGCCUCCUUACAGAAUUUCAACAUCAGCAAUUUGCAGAAAUCCAUCAGCAACCCCCCAGGUUCCAACCUGCGGACCACUUAGACCUAGAGACAUUAACUUGAGUAGAUUUGGGGGCAGGAGAUGGAAUGCUGAAGGGGGUGGGGGGGGACGGGAAAGUAGCCUAUAUACUAACUACUAGUGCUGCAUUUAACUGGUUAUUUCUUGCCAGAAAGGAAUGUUUUUAAUACCGCUUAGAGCCCUCAGAAUUGAGAAUCUCCCUCCCCCUUCACCAUUUAUUGGAGUGGAACGAGAAGGAAAGAGCAGCUUUCUUGUGAUGGGGCGGCUUCAAACCAUGCUUUCCUGUUUCUCUACACCCAAUAGUGAGGGCUAGAAAAGAGAAUCAUUUAUCAGAAAGCUACGAGAGAGCUCAGUGGAAAACCAAACCCCAUCUGUAUUUCAAAUGGGUGGAGCUCUUAAUUUUGGUACCCACCCCAAAUCCCUUAUUCCCUCAAGAAUCUAAACCACAAGACAAAAAAAAACACAAAAAAAUAAAACAAAAAAACUUUUGGGCUCUCUCCUACCCUGUUCCCCCCCCUCCCUUUUUUUUUUCUUUGUUUCUUUUUUCUUUUUUUUUUUUUUUGCUUUAGAACCCAGUGAAAAACACCAGGGGACUGAGGUUUCAACCCUUUCUUAUGAUAGGUCAUUAGUGCUUUAAGCAAAUGAUAUUAGCAGCUUUGACUGCAGCAUUAGCAAUUAGGAAAAAAAAAAAUUAAGUCCCCUGCGGACAUGUAACUUUGCCAUCAGUUUUGAUGUGGAAACACUGUGAUAUAUAAAUGUUGUUGGACAACAGUAGUUUUAAGAGUAAAAUAUGAAAGGUUUAAAAAGUUGGAAAAAAAAAGCAAGCUCUGUCCUUUACUUAUUGAGACACUUUAGCUUUUUCCUUUGUAUUUCCAUUGUAGUAGAUAAAUAAAUGUGAAUGUAAGAUUGUAUAAAUUACUGUACUUGAAUACUUCUGUUCUCCCAGUAUUGCUUGCUGGAUAUUUUAGUGCCUUGGACUUCUACUGCUUCUGCCAUUAGCACCAACUUCUCAUCAGACCCCAGAUCAGCAGAGGGCAUAUGGAAGGAUAUUAGGUCCAUGUGACCCCAGCAGAGGAUUAUGCCAAAGGGAAACUGAGUUGUUGUUUUUUUUUUUUUUAAGUCAUUCAGUUUUGUCUAGAGCAGGUGUAAGAUGAGCAGGGUGAGAAGUUAAGUUGACAUCAGUGGUUGAAAGCAGAAAGUUCUGUUUCAAGAACAGUAAGGAGGGGUGUGGUAACAAAAUUGAGCAAUUUAAAAGCUUAAGGGUGGUGUGUGAUAAAUGAAAGAAAAAGAAAGACUAAGAACGGGAGAACAGACUUGUCAGGAAGAUGUGUGCUGCCUGGCCCACAGGGUGCCAUGAGCCUUACUUAAGCCAGGCUUGACAGACAAGACCUAGUGGAAAUGGCUGAAUAUAAAGGGAAGGGGGUGGGGGCUAGUUUUUAAGUUGGGAAAUGUUGAUAGUGAAAAGUUACAGAUGGAGAAAGAUGCUCUAAGAAAAACUUUGGAUUGCUUUCCUCUUGUUGCAAAUGUAUCAUGCAUUUCUCAGCUUGGGGUACUGUAUUUUGUGGAAAGUGGACCCACAUCUGAAUUAAGCAUUGUAAGAAAGAGUGGCUUAUUCCUACUCGUUUCCUAGGUGAUGUCCAAAUGGUUGCAGGAUCAUAAAUCUGUUGUGCCACCUCUAUUUCUAGAAUUGCAACUGAUAUUCUCACAUUCUCAUAUAAACAAAUACUCCCCUUAAGUAAUAACUGCAACCAAUCAGUAUUAUAUAGUGCUAUGCCUAGUUGUAAUGGGCAGUUCUAUUAUUUUCAGAGCUUUCAGGAAAUACUCUCCUAAUUGGCUAUGUUUGGGAUCUCUAUUAUCUCCGAAGAUGGGGAAAGAAGCUAGGACUCCUAAUUUUUUGGGUGCUUCUUCUCUUGACUCUUGAGUUGGGAAAUUGACACAUUUCCAAUCUCUUACCCACCUCAACAGCACAUCCCAGGAAUCACCACAAUAGGGGGAGCCUGGUUGGCUGUCCUAUCCUGUUGUUCCUUCAUGGGCCCUGUUUUCUUUAGUAAGUUAGCCUAGGUCCCAAAGAUGCAAGUGAAAGCUGAAGGUUUAGGAAAGUAGAAAUGAAAAGGACAGGGGUUCCAAGCCCUGCUUCAAAGUUGUUUACUUAUUUAUUCUCUGCUUAAGAUUCUUGGGGAGAUGGUAAGAGUAAGGAAAGAACAACGAAGGUGCCAAGUAAAUGAGAAACAGACCACCUAAGAUGAAUGAAACCAUACUUUCUACUAGAGGAACGAGGGAACCAAAUGCAGCACAUAAUUUUUUGUUACUUUGGUUUUAUUUUGAGAUCACUUACACACAAAAAGUAAGAACUGGUUUUAUUUACUGUUGAUUUUUUUUUUUCCCCUCCUGUGGAUGAAGUAACUGAAGCCUAGAGGAAUGAACUAGUGCUACUGAACUGUUUAAAUUAUUUUUGUGUUAAUAGUACACUUUGAGUAUCUUUUUCCACAUUACAAAAAUCUUUCUGAAUUAUAAAUGUUUUCCUUACAUUAUUUAACAAUGUACACUGUUUAAAAAAGCAAAUAAACUGAAUUCAAACCUUGGGGGUUUCUCAGCAGCCGUUAAUUGUACAUUUUGCACUAACUCUGGGUGUUGCGCUUCUUGUAAGAUUGCGCUUUGUGCUUCAGUUUGUUACCUUUGUAGACUUAUUUAAUGAAACCAUUCAAAUAAAUCUAACUUGCUUUUGA